AUGCCUCGAGAAAUCGAAAUUUCCACCAUUGAGCGCAACUUUAUUCUGGAUGCCCUCAGCCAGAAAAUUCGGGUGGAUGGCAGAAAGUUAGAUCAAUUCAGAGAUCUUGAUCUAGAAUUUGGCGAUGAGUAUGGUACAGUUACACUCCGUCUAGGAAAGACGAGGGUGCAUGUGCAAAUAUCCGCAGAAGUUACCAAGCCGCUUGAGGAGCGUAAAUUCGAGGGCGUUUUUACAAUUACCACCGAGCUCAGUCCCCUUGCAUCCCCAGCAUAUGAAGUUGGCAGGCAAACGGAGCCAGAAGUGAUUCUUUCAAGAAUCCUGGAGAAGGCAAUCCGGAGGUCCAAUUCCAUCGACACCGAGUCAUUGUGCAUUAUUGCUGGGGCCAAAUGCUGGUCUGUCCGGGCUGAUGUGCAUGUAUUGGACGCUGAUGGUGGGUUGAUCGAUGCUUCUUGUAUUGCCAUCGUUGCAGCAUUGCGCCACUUUCGAAGACCGGACGUCUCCGUAGCCGGAGAGAGGGUGACCAUCUACAGCAUGGCUGAACGAGUACCCGUUCCAUUGAGCAUCAUGCACCAUCCAGUGUGUGUGACAUGCAGCUUCUACCACAAUGGCCAAACAAUCUUAUUGGAUGCGACACGGAGCGAAGAGCAAGUGCGGGAGGCUGAAGCCAUUCUCACAGUCAAUGAUUUUGAAUUAUGUCAAGUGGCUAAGCUGGGAGGAAGCCCGGUCGAUGCGGUGGUACUCCUCAAGUGCAUUAGUACAGCCCUGACCAAAGGAAAAGAAAUCAAUGGAAUGGUCACGAGGAAGUUGGCAGAGGACGUAACGAGGCGAGAUGUGGGUGGACUGAUAGCCGAACUGAGGGCGGAAAAUGAGAGAUAG